AUGGAUCGUGACCCUAACCAAGCGCAGGCACCAUUGAGGCCGAUGGCGAGUCCGGGAAAUGCGAACGCAGUCCGCGAUGAUGCCCGAGCUGCAACGGCGCACUUACUUCAACUGUCACACCACCAGCAACAGCAGCAACAGCAGCAACAGCAGCAACAGCAGCACCAAAAUCAGCACGCCAACCCCGAGGUCCGGAGUCCCAGUCCUGAGGAUUUGCGCGAGGAGAAUCAUGAGAGGCAAGCCGUCAUGAAUUUGGAGAUGGGGGGAAUGGGUGGUAUGGGCGGUAUGGGUGGUAACAUGGGAAUGGGUAUUAUGAACGUGGGCAACGGAAAUAGCAGUGCGCACGAGGGCAUGAAGCCGAUGAAGAGAGCGUGCAAUGACUGUCGUCAACAGAAGGUGAGUUCCCUCUUCCCCUUUCACUAGGAACCUUCCCCGAGUGUAGUGACCUGUUUUGCUGAUGCCGAUGUGUGACUUGCAGCUUCGUUGUGAUGUCGUGCAAUCCCCGUUCGCGCCAUGUUCGCGCUGCCGAAAGCUCGGAAAGACGUGUACCGUGGACACGCUCUUCAAGCGAGUCGGUCGUCGCGAGUAAGUCUCCUCAUUUCCUACGCGUCUUUUUCGGACUACUGGACUAAUUGUAAGUCCUAGCAAAUAUGCCGAGAUGCAACGCGAGAUCGAUGAGUUGAAGUGGAAGUUGAGACGUGCUGCCGUUCAGGGUGCUGCUGGGGUUGCGCCUCCUCGUCCCGAUCAAGAGAAUGGUGCUAAUGCCGCCGAUCCGGCGAAUCCCCGAACCACGAUGACGAGAGAACUGGGGCAUCUUGCGAUGCCGGGUGAUCAUCUGGAUGACUUGUUCAAGAAGUAAGUGAAUGCAUUUUCCAACAACAAUGUCCCCGACUCCAUUCUAUGUUUACGAUGGAGAGAAAAUACUUCCUUCAUUUUUCUAUGUUGGGUUAACUGGGAGUAAUUACCCGAUAUGUUUUGGGUUGAUUGCAAAUUAUUAACCAAGAUGAUUGAAUCGAUUAUUUUGGCUGUGUUACUCCAACACCCAAAUGAUUCUUUGAAUCAUUGAAAACGAUUGGCAUCACAGCAAAGUAUCCCACAACAUCGAAACAAGGUUACUAAUAAGAUUAUAUAGGUUCUUUACAUACCAUCACCCACUCUUGCCAUUCCUCGACCCUGAGCAAUCACCAGACUACUACUUCAACCAAUGUCCUCUCCUAGGAUGGACCAUUGUCAUGAUCGGUGCCAGGCGUUAUGCUCGAGACACCACUCUACUCCAAUCUCUCGCCCCUGAAUACACUCGAUUCUUGUGGUCGACCAUUUCUAACAUUCCUCAAUCCUAUCACGUCGUAAAGGCUCUUGCUCUUAUCUGCUACUGGCCAUUGCCCACAGAGCGGGACUUCAAGGAUUCCACACCGCAAUUGAGUAACUUGAUGAUGCAGGUUGCUUUGCAAAAUAUGCUUCAUCUUGACCCUCGUUCUCAGAUUCCAUUCAGAGGAGAGUUGUCAGCAGCAGAGCAAAGAGAUCGAUUGAUGACCUGGGCUGCUUGCAAUAUUGUUGCCGAAAGGUAUGUUCUGAUUUUGCCUGUUUGAAAUCCCAUUGAUUUGAAGCUAACGUUCCCUAGCACAUCGACUAUCCUUGGAAUGCCUCCUAACACUGUGUAUGAAGGUGUUCUUGGAUCCGAUUUUACAUUCCUCUCUACUCAUCAGCUCCCUCCUGAUCUUGUUGCUCAAUUGAAGAUUUCCCAAUUUCUUAAUGACGUUACCAAGACCUUUUACUGUAACAAGACCGAACCCAAUGGUUUGGUUUCCGAAGCAGGACGUGCCCAAUGUCUCGAGCAUCUACGAGGACUUUAUGGUCGAUUGGAAAUGGCUUUGAAGGAUCACAUGUCAAGUGAGUAUUCUGAUAUCAAUAUCCAAUGCAGUUGCUAAUCUUCUACAGCUGUUACUCAACUCCACCUUCUUGCCGCCAACGUUCAUCUUCAUGCUUUUGCUUUCUUCCUGCCCCCUGGCGAUGGCCAAACAACCUUCCUCCCGACCACCGAAGAUUCAACUGCAGUUGCUCUCUCUUAUCUUUACAACGCGGCUUGCCUAUUCCUCCAAGAAGUCAUGAACCUCGAAACUUCUAGCGGUACCCUUUUUGACCACUGCGACAAUUUUAUUGCGCAAACAAUUUUCUCGUCCACCUUUGCCAUGGUCAAGAUCAUCAACAGCUCCUACGCCGAACAAGUCAGUACUCAGCAGGGAUCGGCUUUGUUCAAUGGCAUUAUCUUGGCGAUCAACAAGAUGUCCCUAGGAAAUAAUGAUCUUGCUUCAAGAGUUGCUCUCAGCGUACCACUCAUGCGGCGUGCUCUUGGUGCAUCUCAAUCCGCUGGCAAGCCUGAAUUUCUCCCCUUGCGAAUUCAAUUUCGUAUGGGUGUGAGCCACAUCUAUGACCUUCAUUACGCCUGGAGAGAACAAUUGAAGGUCAAGAUGGAAACUCCUGAGGCGGCUUUGAGUCAACUCGGAGAUGGAACGAUGAACAAUCUAGGAUAUUCUGGACUGCUUUAUCAGGAGAGGGUUUUCUUCGAUUCAAUGGAUUGGAUGUUUGGCGAUUGGUCAGGUAUGCCUUUUGGAUCGUAUGAGCAUUCGUACUUGGGUCGUUUGGCGUGAAGGUAAUGCGACCACGAUAUCUUGCUCCUACCACUGUAUCUCUUCUAUGUAAUUGUCCUACUGGCACUGCUUUUCACCGGCGUUUGGGCUUUGAAGGAGUUCUCUUGGAUGAGAAAUUGUGGUGGCUUUAGUGUUUAGCGCAGACUUCUUUCCGUGGGUCUUGAGCAGAUCUGGGGAUUUGUAAAAGCCCGUAGAGAAGUUUAGUUUCAUAGAUACAGACAAACGAGUCUGUGCUAGGUUGAUUAACCCAAUGAAUGCAUAAGAUUG